AUGAGAAAGGUAGAGGACUCAAGUGCACCCAGUACAUCCACUCCUGUUGUUGACGAUGAUAACAGUAAUGGCAGUGUCAAUGUCAAUGUCAAUGUCAAUGUCAAAGUUAAUGUCGAUGUAACCUGCGAUGUCAAUGGUAUCGAUACAAGCAAGGCUGAUGACAAUGUGUGUGAUGAGGAGGAUGACAAGAAGACCAAGGCAAAGAAGAAUAAGAAGCAACAACAACAACAACACCAAAAGAACAAUAUCAAGUUACAACUGUUACUCUGUCCACACGAUAGAUAUCCAAACUUGUUGAACUAUUUCAACGAGGCCUCAACUCAGAAUAUCGAUGACAAGUCUACUUCUUCAUAUGGUGAUGAAUCGAUCAAAAGAACAACUCAAAUCCAUGAUAUGGUAUACCGCGAGUGUACACCAUUCCAAUCAGAUCUGAUAUCUCUGUUGAACCGCAAUAAGCUUACAGUUACCACGGCAGAUGUUCCGCGAUACCCACCAUUGACACAUGCAAUAUGGACUGAAUGGAACAAGAUAUGGCCACUAGUGUUCAAGUCACACUUCUUCUCAACUCCAUUGGUACCAACUUUGGAGGAUAUUGAACUAAGUCGCAUGGUAACAUUCAUGAAGAGAGCCAUCAAGCAAGCAAACAUUGCAAAGAGUCUUGGAUUCAAUCCAGUUGGAUGUGUCAUUGUUGAUCCAGAGACCGAUGAGGUGCAUGUGGCCACUCACGAUAUGUCACCGUCAUCAUCAUCAUCUGGCAAGAUGGCAGCAACAUGUAAUCACUUGUUGUCUCCAAUACUAUCACAUUGCACAAUGAAUGCCAUUCACAAACUGGCCGAACAACAUCAAUCGGUGCAUGCUACCAAACUAAAGAUGGCAGGAAUCGAUCUGUCAACAAGCAAUGGCGUUCAAACACAUCCAAACAGCGAGGAAGAUGCAUACCUUGCCACAGACCUAUGUCUGUACAUCACUAGAGAGCCAUGUAUCAUGUGUUCAAUGGCAUUGGUACACAGUAGAAUCAAACGAGUUGUCUUUGGUACUCCACAGCCUCAAGCUGGUGGACUUGGAGGCACACUCAAAGUGCACACACAAAAGUCAAUCAAUCAUCGUUUCCAAGUCUAUCGAGGUAUUCUCCAAGAACAAUGUCAAGCAUUGUUGGAUGUCGAUGACAACAAUAACAACAGUAAUAGUAGUGGCGACGGCAGCAGCAGUAGCAUUAGUAGCAUUAGCAGUGUCAGUAGUUGUAGUACCAUCGAUAAGGUAUUAAUGACUUGA